GAGCCCUAAUUCCAUUCUUCCGUUAGUUAGCAAGAGCAUCACAGUCACACAGUGACCUGGAAGAAAGCAAUCAGGUACGCACAAAUCCAAUCCAAUCCUCAUCUCAUCUCAUCUCAUCACAUUACAUCAAUCUCUGUUCUUGCUUUCCCCGCCAAACCUUCAAUUUCAUCGCUCCCUUCAUCUUCGCAUUUGGGUUUUCUUCGAUUUUCCACCUCUGCUCUGGUGAUCAAAGACAGACUUGGGAGUAGCACAAUGUGUUGAACGUGGAGCAACAAGUUUUAUCAAUGGCAGAAUGCGUGGCCUCCCCUUUCGGCAUUAAGCUGAAUAUACAGAGAAAUCCUGUUAGAGAGAGAGGCUUCUCGCGUCAUUCUGCAAAUUUCAGCACAGUUGGAAGAAAGUAUUCCAGAAAUGGAUGUCAAUUUCUUCACUUCUCUUCAUGGAAAACAUGUGAGCUCAGUGUAUUUAGGGCCAUAGAUUUGAAAAUUACUCCUUGUAUGCGGACAAUCCCUUUGAAGUGCACUGGCUUAGGGGCUUUGGUUGACUUCAAUGGCGCGGCAUCCUCUGGUUUGGUGCCGGUUGUUGAUCAGGUUCUUUUGAUGGGCAGUAUAUUUCUCACUUAUAUGGCUGGAGUAAUCCCUGUUGAGAAAUCUUAUACCAAUUAUCAAAAGAUCGAUUCUGAUAAAAAUGUGUUUCCUGAGAGCUCAGACAAUUCUGGUAGUUCAGAUAAGCAAAAUUAUAACUUUGAGUCAAAGUAUGUAUUAGAUGGAGUGAGGGGAAAACUUUUGAAUUCUCUUAAUGCUUUAGAGCAUGAGGCUUAUUCAGGAGAUAUCAUCCUGAAAUCUGGAAAGCGACCCUUGAGUUUAAAUGCUGUUGCAGAGGGUCCGAAGUUAAGGUUACUUUGGACUGCUUUUCAGCAAGUUGAGGAAGAGGUUAAUAAUAUCUCAAGCAUUUCCAGAUCUGUUGGUAUGGAUGAUCUGUCCAGAAUGUUUUCUGAUGUCAUUCAAAGAUCUUGUCAUUCUAUCUGUGCUACAUGGCUGGAAAAGGAAUGUUUCCUUCUAAAAGGAAAAACUGACAAGGAUCUUACUACUAUGAUACUUCAAAAAGUGAAAGGUGAUAGCACAAUUGUACAGAACAUUACAAAAUCGGGCAAGAAAGAUCUGUACUCGGAGUUACUUUGGUAUCUUACUUUUGGUUUGCUCAGGGAGGAUUGCUAUUAUGAUUCCUGUGUAUUUGCUUUGCAUGGGAUUUCCAUAUUGGAAGAUUUAAUAAUAGCUCUAGCGGAUGGUGUUGCAAGCCUAUAUCUGGAGUUUAUAUCAGUUGAUAGCGAUGUGUCAAGUAAAACAAAUGGCUUGGACGUGUCAUUCUGUGCUUUGUCCACCAGAGAACUUCAAAAAUUGCGAAAUGAGGUGGCUUUGAACCAGUGGUUGCACCACUACAUGGAUACAGUUGUAUCAAUGUAUGAGGAUCGCUUUGACCUUUGUAUACUUGAUAGCCAACCCAUCGAACUGGAAAAUAGUCAGACUGAAAAACAAAGUUGGUGGAAAAGGCUUACCCAGCAAAAUUCAAAAACUAUGUCGCCUGAAUUGCACUGUAUUGUUAUAAGCCUUUUCUCAAUGCCCAUCAAACGGACCAAGGAAUUAAGAGCCCUCACAGGAUGGAGGUAUUACUUCAGCCUUUUCCUUGAGUUGUCUGACAUCACCAUGCCCCUUAUUAGAGCAGUUGUUGAUAAAGCGAGCGAAGCUAUCUCAUUCUUUUUAGUUAGCUUAAUUGGCAGGUCUUUAGGACUCAUUUAUACAGGGAUUAGGCAGUCCCUCAAGUGGAAGUGAGAUAGAUGGUACAGUUUUAUGAGGUGCAGUUGUUUUUUUCAUACUUUCAUUUCCUUUUCUUCAUAAUAUGGUGCCAUCUAUGAAAAAAUUAUGGAUUAGAUUCAAUCAAAUUGGUAAUAUAGCAUUGUUUUCCUUUGGUCA